AUGGACCGGGGGGGGGGGGUGAUCCUGGCCCUCACCCUAAUCGAGAAACCGUGGCGAAAACCGGGGGGUCCAGCCGCUACGUCCAAAAUGGCGGACGCCAUGUGCGUAAGAGACAAAGGAGGGACCACCACCCACCCCGUACCAGCGGCUGAGACAACAGCUUCUGCCUCUAGACACCGCCAUGCAGGAAAGCGAGCUGUCUAUUACCUGCCCCAGCAACUAUCCAAACCAGCAACGAUAGCGGGAGUACGGAAAUACCCCGCGAUCCGACCAUUGCCGAGAGCAGAGACCGAGCUGAUCGCCAAGUGUCGUUCCCCUGCUUGA